GUUGAUAUUAUGUUGAGAAUCAAGAUGGCGACUUAUUGUCGAAAGAAAUGAGAAUGUAAGAUAAAUUCAACAGAAUGAAGACAGGAAUGAAUGAGUACAGAGACUACUGGUGAGGAGUUGAACCAUGCUGGAGUUUAUUAAUUGUCAUACAGUAGUAUGCUGGUUAUUUGUUAUUUGGAAUCUUACAAAUCAACAUGUUAUAGUUCAAGGGCAGGUAAUCACCACUCCAACAGCAGAGAAUGCCAGUAGCAUCCCCAGCUCAUCCCCUACCCCCUCUCCAACAACCCCAGCCCCACCUAAAGUCACCACCGAAACUGUCCUCACCACAAAGCCAGCCCCCGAACCAGUGAUCCCACUAAACAUUGCCUAUGGACAGGUGGGUCAGAAUGCUUCCGUGCCUUGCUUCAUUGAUGCAUUGGACAUGUACCCAGACAAGAUGUUGUCCACUACAUGGAAGAAGAAUCAUAUGUUUAUUGCUAAUGCUGCCAUGGGUGCGGACGGUAAAUUGUCGCUGACGUAUCUAGACGAGGAACUGAAGAAGAAAUUCCAGGUGGAGGAGGACUACAGCCUGGUGGUGACGGAGCUGGAAAUGAAGGACUCCUCCAACUUUACCUGUACCGUCAUCAAGUUCCAGACAGACCAGCGAUUAGUACAGGAUGUCAUUUACACCAAUGUCACCUAUCUACUGGUUCAAGAUGUGCCUUCCCCUCCAGGGCGCCCCAAUAUCUUAGAGAAAUCCUCCCGCACCGCCAAAAUCAGCUGGGCCCCGAGUCUUGCUGACAACAACAGUCCCAUAAUGCACUAUUCUGUCAAUGUCAUGAAUGGAACUUUGAUAAAUCAAGGCAGUAGUCACUUUUCUUCUAGACACAGAUGGAAUAAUGCGGGUAUCAAAGUAAAACAAGUUUCUGUGUUCACCAAUGAAAAUCCUUCUGCUGUGUUAACUGGUCUCCGGCCCUACACAGCUUACCAAAUCACUGUUUCUGCUGUCAACAAAAUAGGAACCAGUUUAGAAAGUCAGCCUAGCGAUAUUUUCUACACUGACUCUGAGGUUCCUGAGGUGGCCCCCCAGCACCUGGUGGCUACUAGUAACAUCAGCAGCAGAAUUCACCUCUCCUGGGACCCCCCACCCAAAGACAAGUGUCAUGGGAACCUGGAGGGGUACAGAAUACAGUAUACCUCACAGAGAGAUUUGAUCAACAGAGUCAUCACAUUGGAGGAUCCAAAGAAAACUAGGAUCACUUUGUUUGGGUUACAACCCUUUGAGGAGUACGAGGUGGCAGUGUUAGCCUUUAACAAUGUGGGGGAAGGACCAGCGGUGAAAAAGCUGAUACGCACAGCCGAAGGAAUCCCAGGUAAACCUCUGAUGAUCCACACAAACACACAUCCUAUGUCUACGUCAUUCUUUGUAAAAUGGCUGGCUCCAGAUCGGGUGAACGGAUUUAUCCGGAGUUACGAGCUCCGCUGGCAGCGAGACAACGUCACAAAGACAAAGGUCAUCUCCAAGUAUCUCAGUAACCCCAUGUCAGAGCAGGUCACCAACUUAAAGCCAUUUACUCAGUACAGAGUACAAGUAAGGGCCAUAACUGGUGGAGGAAAGGGGGAGUUCAGUGAUGUGUAUCCUGUGUACACAGAUGUUGCUGGACCAAGUCCACCAGAAAUAACCAACUUGACGGUGCUGGGAUCCCGCAGUAUCUAUCUGUCAUGGGAGCCUCCCAAACAUUUCUACAGAACCAUAGACCACUACUACAUCCAGAUCAUAGACACCUCUUCUUACCUCCAACAAAGAAGAGCUCUGGAAAAUAAUGAAAGAGAGACCAUAGUAACUGGACUUCCAACCAACACCGAAUACUCACUAAAAAUAGCUGGGGUGACCAAAAGUCUACACUCUAAUAUGCACUACAUAGGAGAAUUCUCUACACCCUGGACAUUUACUCUCUCAGAACAUUCAGAGGAUGUUCCCCUCACCAAUAUGUCCAGGAGCAUUAUACACCUUGCUAACAGCACCAAGACUAAUAGCUACAUAUAUCAUAAUGAGCCAGAAAGGGAAGAAGUGCAGAAAUAUUCACCAGGAAAUCAUUCCAUUGUCAAUUUUACUUCUUUUCCCACUCGCCCACCACCCGAAAAUCAAGAACCCAUUAUGGAAGACCCUACAGCAGUGAGUCAGGCUGAUGCUGAAGUUGUAAAUGCUGGGAUAGUAGCAGGGGUCGUGUGUACGAUCAUUUUCAUACUACUCGCAGUUCUAGGAUUUAUUGGCUGCAGGUCUCUGACUUGUCGGAAGUAUUAUCAGGCCGCUUAUAAUUAUCUGGCUGUUCCAACAAAUAACAACUCUCCCCCAUCAACAGUUAUUGUGGUGGCUGAUCAAGCAGAAGAGAAAUCUUUCAAUGCCCUGAAAGAAGACAUAGAGUUGAAAUUCCCCACCAUAAGGAAGGAGGAUUUUCUACAGCAUGUCCAGUCCCUGCACGCUGAUAGUGACGUGGGGUUCUCACACGAGUUUGAGGAAAUUAAUAAACUGACCUCAAUCACACCAAGAGCGGAUGUUGGAGCUCAUCCAGAGAAUAAACAGAAAAAUAGAUAUGUCAACAUUCAGGCUUAUGACCAUUCAAGAGUCGUGCUUCAGAAAUCCAUACAAGGUCGACAGAGACAGUCCGACUUCAUUAAUGCCAACUAUAUUGAUGGUUAUAAGAAGCCCAGGGCUUACAUAGCCACACAAGGCCCGAUGCCUAACACCUUUGCAGAUUUCUGGCGAAUGGUCUGGGAACAGAAUUCUGUUGUCAUAGUGAUGAUAACAAAACUGGUAGAAAGGACAAGGAGAAAAUGUGACCAGUACUGGCCAGAGGAUGGUAUAGAGACGUAUGGCUGUAUACAAGUCAAACACGUCAACACCUUCUCUAGAGCCCAUUAUACUGUUAGAAUAUUCUCACUGAAAAACGUCAAGCUUAAAAAGCAAUUUUCGGAGAGAAUAGUUCACCAGUUCCACUAUACUGAGUGGCCGGACCACGGGGUACCCGAUUUUACUCUCCCUGUUUUAAAGUUUGUACAGAAAUCUGCAGCUCUGAAUCCUAUAAAGGCAGGCCCCAUAGUUGUACACUGCAGUGCUGGUGUAGGGAGAACUGGGACCUAUAUUUUGAUUGACAGCAUGAUUGAACAAAUCAAAGACCUUGGCACAAUUAAUAUACCCGCCUUCUUAUUACAAAUCCGGCAACAGAGGAACUUCCUGGUGCAGACAGAGGAUCAGUACAUGUUGAUUCACGAUGCUCUGGUGGAAUACCUCCUCUGUCCCACCACAGAAAUCAAACAAUCCGAUGUAAAAGUCUACACAGAAAAGCUGGCAGAAACCCCACUAGACAUAAUGCCCUCAUUACUACAAAAUAUAUUUCUCAUUGUCACUGCCUACAAACCCAAAGACUCUGACCGGUCUCUAGCUUUGGCUCCACUAGCCCUGGAGAAAAACAGAAACGCCAACUUCAUUCCUCUCUACCCUAAACGGGUCAAGCUACCCUUUCUACCCGGUGUGGAGGGAUCAGACUACAUUAACGCAACAUAUUUACAGGGUUAUAACCACACAGAUGAGUUUAUUUUGACCCAGCACCCCCUGGAGUCUACAGUGGAGGAUUUCUGGAGGAUGGUGUGGGACAACAAUAGUUCUGUUAUAGUCCUCCUCUCCAGGGUCGACGAAGAGGAGUUCAAGAAGUUUUGGCCGGAUGAGACAGACACGGUAGGGAUGGAUACAGCCAACUUUAAACUGGUUUACCAGGAAUCAGAGGAAGGCAGUAAUUACACUGUCCUCACCUUCCUACUGGAGUCUACACAGGAUGACUACGUGUUGAUGACCCGCAUCAUCUACUGCCCUGAUUGGCCCCCAGCUGACCUUCCAGAACACAAAGCAUUUGACCUUGUGGAAAGGGUCAAAGAACUGCAGGCCCUUAAGGAUGGAGGACCCAUCAUUGUCGUAGACAGGUUUGGUGGUGUAGAAGGAGCUCGAUUCUGCAUUCUGUCUUCUCUGUUGGACCAGCUGAAUCAUGACAAGACAAUCGAUGUGUACCAUCUGUGUAAGCUGUACCACAAGAAGCGACCAGGCGUGAUAGGGAGUCCGGAGGACUACCUCUACAUCUUCCUGGCCAUGAACAGCUACAUUCAGGAACAGUACGAUAAAGAGGUGGCCUCUCUCUCACAUCACCUACAUCUACGAUCUUCCUCUGCCAAGAAAAAUGGCACCUUGCCGCGUAGCCCCACUCUCCAGGCCAAAGUGGAGACUACAAUCUGAGAUCUGUGAAAUAAAUGUGUUAAAGCACAGUUGGGUGAUUAAGAAACUGCACUUUUUAAAACAAUCCUUGACCUUGCUGAUAUUAUGUGUUGUAAGUUGAGUUAAUAGCUCAUAUCCCAAACUUGUCAGAAAAAACAAUUCAUGAAAUCUGCAUUGUUAUGAUGCUUGUAUAGAAACUACCAUUUGUUUGUCUUUUCUAAUAUCCAAGUAUAGGAAAACCAUACACUCAUCCAUAUUUGAAUUAUACAAGUGCCAAUGUCAUCUGUUGUGAGUUUCCUUUGUAAGUUUGUGUGUGGCGAGACAUUAAUUCAACACAGGAACCAAUGGAAAACUCCAAUAGAUAUUUUUUAAAAAGAUUGUUUAUAGAUGAGUGUCGGUAUUUAAUGUGACUUCUACGAAAUCUACGUUGUGAUAUAUACAAACAAUGGAUCUAAGUUUUUUGAGGACAUGGACCCUACUUUUGGCCAGGUGAUGGCCAAAUGCUGGAUGGACUUAGAUGUUUUAUCUUUUUAAAAACAAAAGGUUGUGUGAAUAUUACCAUUAUCAGCUGUUGUAAAUCAUCUUACACAAUGAAGACUUGAUUGUUGUGAUGUUUAUUAAUGGUUUUUUUUUUGUUUAUAUUUGUAUACUUGGUGUUAUGCUGCCAUUUCAGUCAGAGAAAUGACUUGUUUUACUUAAUUCAAGAGGAAAGGUUUCAGACACAAGCAAGGUAUUCCACAUUGUAGUAGGACUUUAGGGAGGGACCGUUUUGUAGAAUACCCACCAGUGAAACAUAAUGUCCUAAUGUAUCUACUCAUUUACCCUCAGGUAAUCUCAUUUUGGACUAUAAAGUACAGUGUAUAUCCAGUCCACAAAUUGAAGGGGUUUUGGGGGUUUUAAGCAAGGAUUUUGCUUAAAAAAUUGAUAGAGGGCUGGGGUGUCUAUUUUUAUGUGAGAAUCACAAAUUAUUGGUUAAGGACAUUAUCAUGUAUCAUCUGCUAAACCUGUACUGACCAGAGUUUGUAUACAGUAUAUUGCCUUCUGUAUCCACCUGCUGAGCUUGUAUACAGUAUAUUGCCUUGGGUAUCCCUUUGUGCAGUAAAAAGAAAUGGUGUUAUCCUUGGAAUUAUUGCUUUGUGCCGCCAUUGUGUUCUGAGAUAUGUUGUGUAUAAAUCCAUGUAAUGCUAAGCUCCUACAUCUAGUCUGUGUAUAUGAAAGUCCAACCUGUUGAAAAAUUUUCAAUAAUGGUACAAUUCAUUUGAAUAAAAGAAUUUUUAUAGACUUUUAUUAUAACUAUUCUACUACUCUUGGAUAAUCUUUCUUUGAAUUUAUAUAAAUUAUUUAAUUUGUUUUAAAUCACAAAUAGUGCUCAAAUCGUUCAUUUCUAGAAUUUCUUCUUUCUUACACAAGAAAACAAUGCAACACGACUAUUUCCAUUUGUUUUUAUGAACUUGAGCUUAAUUUUUUAUUUUAUUUCAAUUCAUGACUUGAUUUGUUUAUCAGCUGUUCAGAAUUUCUGAAAGGUUGUGGCGUGCCAAAAAUAGCUAGAUCUCGUAGUAAUGCUUUUUGUCUGUUUUAUUUUAUACCUAUAGCGUAGAGACAGCUGUGUUGUAGAUUAUUUUAUAUAGCCAAACCUGAGCUGUAUUUACACUAUCUUUAUAAAUGUAUUACAUGUAUAAAUGUACCAUCUUUACAAAAAAUUCUAAAAAGUUUGCUUCAAGUUUUAUUAGUUAAGGGGUUAUACCAAUAAUAAUGCUUGAACCAUUCAUUGAAAUAAAUGUACUUGAUUGUAUUAAUGUGAGGUAAAAGUAUGCACCAACAUGAUCAAAAUGAUUUUUUUUUAAGUUCCUUUAAUUUUUUAAUAGGUAGAUACAGAAUUUUUGUUAAAAAGAUAUAAUGGAUAUUAAGAUUUUGUUUUAUAAACUAGUUUGUAUUUACACAACAGGAGCAAUUUAAAACAUAAUUUAUAUUACAUUCUCGAUAUUGUGCAAAAAAGCAUUUCUUGAAAAAUGUAGAGUUUAAUUAUUCAAUAAUUUUCUAUUUUUUCAUUUUUUUGUCAUAUAUUUACAUAAACAUGUAUGUGCAUAAUGCAUUACAACUGCAUGAUAUUGUACAACUUAAUCAAUUUCCCAUGAAUUUGAACAGUAAACAAUGUCUGCAUACAUGUAUAUAUGUAGAAAUUUAUGAAUUUACAUGUACUGCAGAUGAAAUAUAAUCAAAAGAUGUUAAGAAUUAUAAGUUCGUAACAACAUUCUCAACUUUGCCAUUUAUCAAUUGUAAUUUAAAAAAAAAAAAAAAACAAAACAUUUUGUAUGCCAUAUGUUAGAUAUAAAGAAUAUUCAUUUUGCGGGGGCAAUGGCACUUAAAAUUUUGAUGUAGAAAAGCAAAAAAAGGGCAAAAUUAGAUCACAAAUUCAAUAAAUGACAUUCUAAAUUGAUCAUGCAAGUUGCAAUGUAUAUUGAAUAUUGAUCUUCUUAGUUGUAAGAAUUGUUUUGUUGCUGAGUAUUGAAUAUAAAGCAGAGAAGGCUAGUCAUUUGUUUAACUAGUAGGAUUAAUAGGUUCAGUUUUGUAGAUAUUCAUAUCGUAUAGACUUAAGCAGACUGAGAGAUCUAUAGUAUGUAACUUGUAAUUCAGAUCAGUGUAGAUAUGGGUUCCAUUAUAUUGUUCUAUAUGUUCUUUGAACAAUUUAAAAUACUUUGCAAAUUAGAACCAGCUUUAAGGAAAAAAUAAAAAAAAAAAUUCUUUACAAUAAGUUUUUUUUUUUUGAUAUCUCAAUAAAAGGGGAAUAGGUGCAGAAUCAUCUAUAUACAAGUUUUUUGAAGGCAUCAAAACACAUUCAUAAAGGUACAGACAAUAAAAAUGCAUUGUGAAUCAUACAAGACUAAGUGUAUAGUACCCAUGUUGUAUGAACCCUUUUUCUAUGUCUAUUAUUAAAUUAUCAUGUUUCUAUGUUAACUUUAUUAUUAAGUUAUUACUUGUAUAAGUAUAUAUUACAUGCAGAUACACUUAUGUUCCUAUUUUUAUAUAUUUUUCAUCCUAGUAAUCAAAUAUUCAUCACAUUUCUGUAGCUAGAUGAAAAUUUUAUUCUUGUGACAGAUUUUUUUUUCAAUGACAAUAAAAUCAGAUUAAAUGAUUUCAAUGCAAAUAACCAGUUAAAGUAUUUUUAUCAAACCUAAUGGUGGUUUAUUUAUACCUAUUCAUUUUCAUUGCAUACAUAAUACAUAGAGUUUGAUUCAUUUAGAAUGAUAUUUGAAAUUACUCUAUACAUAUGUAUCCAUUUUAUGGUUGUAGCAAAUUAAAAUCAUCAUUAUACUUUUAAAUAGAUUUUAUUUGUGUAAAUGAUUUCUAAUGGGAAACGUGUUUGCUGGUACUUUUAAACUGGUUCCCUGUGCUUUUAGCAUUUUAUUUUGAGCAGGUUGUCUAAGAAAGUAGGUUGUAUUUAAAUUAAGUUGUUGUCGUCCAGUUUUGCACAAUGUUGUGCUUGUUGUUUUGCCGACCCGCUGUACUGACACUUUACCCUUGUGCGCAAGUUUUACUCAUUUUAAAGGGUCUUCUUGUUUUCAUUCACAAUUCAUACAAUAUGAUUUUGUAUUUUGUAAUGCAUAACCUUUUUUAUAAUAACGAUUAAAAGAACCAUAAAACAAUUGAUAA